CUUUAUAUAAAGAAUACUAAUUAGGAGUGUUUUAUCAGGUUUAAAGCCAUUGCACGUGACAUAUUAUAGUUGAUAUAAUUUCCCAAUAAGCUAAUGAAUUAUUAAUUAAUGAGUGUUUGAAUAUACUUUUAAUGUUUGUUUUCACUUGCAGGCAAGUAUGUCUAUAUUGAGAUAUCAAUGCCCAGAGUGGAAGGUGACAAAGCUUAUCUCGUCAGUUCCCAAGUCAGCGGUACUCAAUGUUUGAAAUUCUCUUACCACAUGUACGGCGCUGACAUAGGAUCUCUUAUCGUAUAUGAAAAUAUGGGUAGUCAAAUGGUGGAGCUGUUCAAGAUAUCUGGUGAUCAGGGCAAUCAAUGGAAGAAAGCUGAAGUACAAAUAAAAAAUGGAAACCAUUAUUCUGUAAGUAUAUACAACUUUCUUUCCCAAUAAGGGUUGGUAAAUAUAUUGAUCUUGUAUGAUCUCACGUUAAAGACCAUCCAGAACUAGAGUGAGAAUAGAUGUAGCCAAAUGAAUCCAACAGAGUGAAAAUAGAGCCAAGAGGAAAGCUAUACCACGAGUAGCUAGUAGCUCUGGCGAUGCCGUAACUACAUGUCCCUGCACUCAGAAUAUGUGGGAGAGCUUGCCCCUCAAGAUUUGAAGAGUCGUUUUUCAUAACCUGUCGUGGGUUAUUUGUAUGUUAUCACAAUGUAAAACUCUGCCAACGUUUUCACUAUACGGGUUGUUUUCCAUAGGGAAAACGAUAUCAGAUAUGUCUUCCAUUUACCUAUUGACGUUAAGAAAACAAUUGAGUUUUGAAGUGAUUUUGAAACGGAGCACCAAAUGCUGAAAAUUAUCACGUUUCACGUCGGAUAGCUCACACAUGUCCGAUACUGCCCAUAGAUGCGGUCGUACUCGUACCGGUACGAGUUGUAACAUCCGUCAUGAUCAAGACCUUUCUAACACAAUGCUCUCCAAUUGUACAGGUCGUAUACAAUUCGUUAUUUGAUACGAAUUUUGUCUUUCACCUAUACUUUGCCACAUGAUGCACAAACAUGAAUUUGACGAGUCAAUUCGUCUGCUCGUCUCGCUUGAGGAGGCGUUUGAGACUGGGUUCUGUUCGGCCUUUGAUGUAUGGUAAAAUCGCAUAAUCAACCUUUGUACUAGGAUCAUCUCGAACAAGCUCUUAUUUCUGCAUGUGAUGGUGUUUUUGCUGUCUCAAAGCACGUUUCUUUUCCACUUCUGUCAGAAACUUCUGUGGGUACCCAUUUGCCGUCAAAGCUUUAAUGACAUGCUCACGUUCUUGUUGUUUGCCGUCGACCGUGUUUGGAAGUGUUGCUGCCCGGUGUAAGAGAGUUUAUGCUAUGCUAAUUUUAUGUUGUUUAUCGUGAAGUCAGUUAAAAUCUAUAAGUACUUGUAAGUCCGAGUGUAUGUAGGUUCCGUUGUUUCGAGAAACUAAAAUGUCUAAAAAUGAAAGUUGUCCGUCUUGUUCAUAGUGUCUAUAGUAAAAUUUAUGCCUGGGUCAACGGAGUUCAGUAAAUUAUGAAGGAAUCUAAUGCAUGUUUUUUGACGAUCGAGAAAACAUCAUCAACAUACCGAAACCAUUUCGUAGGUGGUAUAUAGUUGCUUGAGCCAGAGCGAGUUCUUCAAUAACCUAUAAACAGCGAUUUGCCAUGAGAUAGGGCUUACAGGACUGCCCAUGCAUAGCACAACCGUGCAUUUGUUUGUAGGCCUAGGUCUGCUUGGUGUGGUUAAAAAAGCUGUUUGAAAGACUGUUCGUAGAAGCUUAAUGUCGUCAAUAGUUAGUUCAAAAGUUUUACGUGCGUAGUAUACGUAUACGUCGUACGUAUGAAAAACGCAACAGUGGAAUCAGCCUUAAAGGCUGAUUUCCACUGUUGCGUUUUUCAUACGUACGUAUACGCACGUAAAACUUUAAAUCCGUUUAAGUGUUACUUAUGAAAUAACCAAAUAAAUAAAGCAACAUAAUUUAGUGUUCCGCAAGUUUUAGUAUGCAUUUGUUAACUUAUUUGUAAAAUAUUUAAAAAAUAAAAGGAUUCAAAGUUGUACGUGCGUGUAGGUGCGUAGGAAAAACGCAACAGUGCAUGGAAAUCAGCCUUAAAGCCUGGUUCACAUUGAUCGUAAACAUCGGCGAUGCCCAUUGUCGGUGGUCAUUGAUGCAUAAAAUGUUUUGUGCAUUUUCUUCUUCGUUGCUCACAGACAAUGGAUCGUAGAACAUCGCCGAUCAAUGUGAACCAGGCUUUAAGGUCCCUAAUAUUGCCUCGACGACAACAUUGCAUGAUUUGAGAAGUAACUCGCCAUGUUGGAUAUAUCGACCCCGAUAUUACUCUCGCCCUCGCGAUAUUACUCCAGUGUGAGUCCCUGAUUCGUAUACGGUUCGUUGCGACUUCUCGAAUUGGCCCAAUUGAACGACUCGGCGAAUAAAGCCGGUCGCACUUGUACGGGUCGUAACGACUCGUCAAAUUGACCAAAUCGAACAACUCGGCGAAUAGAGACCAUCUACCUCUUAUAUUGGGGAAACAAGGAAACCACUACGUUAAUGUCACUCAAAGACCGAAGAGAAACGCUAUGUCGCAAAUAUUUUAACGGAGUAAAUUGCCAACCAAUCGCCUUCAGUUUAACCUUUUACCGCCAUUUAGUAGUAAACAUCAAUAUAACUUGCGUAAUGAUCGCCUUCCGUCUAUUAAGGCUAAAACUGAACGGUUUAGAAAUAGUUUUAUCCCAUGCAAUUAGAACGUAUUCGUAGUUUUAAAUUAACUUAUGCUUGUGAUGUUACUUUGAGUGUAUAUAUCCACACCGAGCAGGCUUGAAAAAUAUGCCCUGGCCACGGUGGGAAUCGAACCUACGACCUUUGGAAAACUAGCCCAAUACUCUGCCAACUGAGCUGCGCGGUCAGGUCGGUUCGAGUAUAUGAUACUUCGGAGCCGAGUCCAGUUCCUUCGAUAUCAAUGAAUAAGAUGCUUGUGAUCUUUGGAUCUAAAAUACAAUACAUAAUCAAAUUACCUAAUAAAUACUAUUUACAUUAUUAAUUUACAAUAAUAAAUUCACAAAUUUAUUAAUCCUUCUGAUUGAUAAGUCUUUUAAAUUAAUCAACUGAUAAAUCGCCGCAUUUAUCGACGAUUUCAAGUGGUAGGCUAUUCCAGGACAUUGCUCCUCGAUAUGAAAAACUACGUUUUAAGAAAUUUGUUUUUGGUUUAUCAAGGUAAAGCUUUCGAUUAUUGCUUCUUAGACAGUAUGUGGUAUUGUUGUUAGUGGUGAAUAGUUCAGUCAAAUAGUCAAAUAUGUUGGUACAAUGCCUCUUAGUGCCUUAAAUGUCAUUAUUUGUUCCCUUUUAGUAAAAGGCUCCCAUUUUAGGUUAUCAAAUAUCUCGUGUGAUCUAAUGUCAUAACCUGAAUUUGUUAUCACGGGUCCGCGCCGCUCGUUUUUGAAGUUUUUGUAGCUUUGUGAUGUGUGAGUUGUUUCCAUCAUGCCAUACAGUGGAACAGUAUGUGAAAUGUGGUAAAAGAAGUGAUUUAUACAUUGUUAGUAAUGUAUCUAAUGUUGCAAAAGGCUUUGCUCUUCUCAAGAGGGCUAUACCCUUUGAGAUUUUUUUACACUGUGCGUCAUUAUGAUCGUGCCACUUUAAUUGAUCAUUAAUUAUGACCCCUAAAACUUUUUUGCUCGAUACUUGAUUUAUUAUCUGAUCUCCAAUGACUAUAUGUGGAACACUGGGCAUAUUAUUUAUUUUUUGCCGAGAUCCGACUAUCAUAAAUGCUGUUUUUUCUGUAUACAACGUCAAUUUGUUGGCUAAUAACCAUUUAUGUACGUUUUCGAGGUCGGUAUUUAGUUAGUUUGUGUUCAAUGUCACUGGGUGAAUUGCUACAGCAUGAUACUGUAUGUUGGUAUCGUCCGCGAACAUAGACGCUCGAGUUGUUUCUAAACAAUUAGGCAGAUCGUUUAUGUAAAUAACAAAUAGCAGUGGACCAAGGUUUGAUCCCUGGGGAACUCCACACCUGAUCUUUUUAACAUUUGAAAUCGAGUCAUUAAUUUUCCACAUUUGUUUCCUUUCGAGGAUAUAUGAUCUGAACCAUUGCAAGGCUUUUCCUCUUAUUCCAUAGCGUUCUAAUUUAGAGAGAAGUAUCUCAUGGUCGACUGUGUCAAAACUGAGCCUUAUUAAGAUCUAAGAAUAAUAUGCCGCUAAUCAAAUCCUUGUCCAUGUUUACGAGUAAUUGGUUUGUAGUAUGAAGAAGUGUAGUUUCUGUUGAAUGUCGACUACGAAAACCUGACUGAUGUGUUGAGAUAAUCGUAUUCUGAUUAAGAAAGUUGUUUAGUUGAUUGUAAACAAUCUUUUCGAAUGCUUUUGCCACGGCCGAUAUCACAGAUAUAGGUCUAUAGUUACUACAGUCAGAUUUCUCACCUGUUUUGUAAAUAGGGGUAACUUUGGCAAAUUUCAUUUCGUCUGGAAAAAUUCCAGUACUAAACGAUAGAUUAAAUAUAUAGGCAAGUGAAUCGAUAAUUGUGUUUCCUGCGGCUUUUAAGAGUUUGUUCGAAAUUUUGUCAAGACCAGAUGCUUUACAGGCUUUGGCUUCCGUUAAUACUCUCUCUAGUUCUGAAUAGGUUAUGUUCUUGAAUUCAAAGACUUUGGAUGCAGGUGUUACACAGCUAAGGGGAUCAAAAUCAGUUCAGGUGUAAUAUCAUUCGCUAACCUUGGUCCUAUUGUAGAAAAAAAGUUAUUGAAUUCGUUGGCUAUGUUCAUGUCACAAGUUACUUUACUGCCGUUCACUUUUACCUCAUUAAUUUGCGUGCAUUUGGAUUGCUUAUUCAAAAGGAGAUUAUCUAAAGUGCGAGCUGCGAGUUGCGAGUUGCGAGCUGCGAGUUGCGAGAUACGAGCUGCGAGUUACGAGUAUAUUGUUAAUUUCUAAUAAUAUCGGGUUUAAUUUUAACCCAGGGUUAACACUAACCUAGCUUUGAAGCACCGAACCAGGUGUUUACACCUGUGAUUUACACUAAAAAAUCAAAUUGAAAACUGUAUGGCUUUCUGGCGGAUGGGAUUUUAGCUUUGUCUCAAUUUGGCACCAAUUUUCAGCUUUUGAAAUAAACAUUCAUUGCAUUUAUUUUUAUACUUACAAACUUGUAAAUAGCAAUCGUUUUGAUGUACUGAUGGUUUUUUUCCGUGUAAAAAUAAAUUUUUGUAUGUAUGUAUAUGUAUGUAUGUACAAAUUGAAUUAUUUUAACUUCAGUUGUACUUCAUCCUCGUUCCCAGGGCUUCUCGGAUGGUUGUACUUCCGAUGAAAAGGACUUGAGUUUAGGGUUCCGAGCGUUCAGUAUAUAUAAACAAACUGAGUCGGUGUCUAGUCAUACUUACUAAUAAAAUUAAAUAACCAUUUUAAGAUUAGAAAGCACAAAAUGGUCUGGAUAACUACUAGAUUUAAUUAAACACAGAAACGGCAAAUAUAAACUUGCACUUUUAUUUUCAAUAUAAUUAUAAUUUUAAUUCUUGAACAUACGUACCGAUGGAUCUAACAAAGUAAACAAACAAGUAAAGGCCGAUUUUCAUCUCGACCGUAUCACGUAGCAUUUUCUUUUGUGUCGAAGUCAUUAAGUUCCACUCUAGUGCUCAGGAAACAAAGAAAUACGCUUCGCUACGAUACGGUUGACCGGCUUAAAGUGCACGGAAAACGUGUUGAAACGAAUUUAGUUACAGGGAACUUAACUUCGAAGGUCAUUAAUAUUUAUGAAACAAAAACCCUUCGACUUUGCCUUCCAUGUCGUCCAAAUUAACUUUCAAAGCCUAAUUCAAAGCGAGGCUAUAGAGACUCGCAACUCGCAACUCGCAAAAUAGCCGACCCCAUUCAAAAGUUCGUUAAUAACUUUCCAGCAAUCCUUGGUAUUAUUACUAUUUUCUAAUCUUGAUUUAUAGUAGUUAGCCUUUGCUUCCUUAAUUACGCGAUUUACCUGAUUUAUGCAACGUUUAUACAAUUCAUGAAAUAUUGCAGAUUUAAGGCUAAUUGCUUUUUUCUUUAGAUAAUCUCUAUGAUAUAACUCAUAGUUUUGAUUUCAUUAUAGUUAGCCAUGGUUUGUAUUCGCUUUUGACUUUUCGUCGUCUGACUGGUGCAUGAAGAUCAGCAAUUUCAAGGAAAAUUUCUUUCUGUAUAGCUUGGAAAUGAACUAAACGCAUUACUUAAAUCAUGUUGAAAUUGAGCUGCAUUAAAAUGUUUAAAUUGUCUUGUUUCGACAAUUUUUGGCUUCGCUUUUGCGACGCUAAUUUUUCUGCAUAUAAAAACUAAGCUAUGAUCACUUAUUCCCAAGUGUAUUACCCCAGCAUUUACAGUCUUGGUAUCGUCUAUUUUUGUUAGAAUUAUAGUCCAACAAAGUUUUGGUGGUAAUGGUAACCCUUGUCGGACACUGUAUAUGCGCGCAUGCUGUUGUAAUUGAUAAACAUCCAUUAUAGGUCAUUAAGUUUCUUAAUGUGAGUAUUUUUCUCAGUGGCUAAAAGGUUGCAGUUUAGGUCGCCUGUUAUAAUAAGUUCCUUGACAUCAUCAUCUGCUUUUUAUAAGGACUGUAAGAAGUUUUCAAAUUUGUCAAAUAGUUCUAUGCGUUCAGGCAUAUUUUUCAAGCCUGCCCGAUGCGGAUAUACACUCAGAGUAACAUCACAAGCAUCUUAUUCACCUCGGUUACACCAAUGCAGAAAAUAUCAACUUUUUAAUAAUUUUAUAUUCUCUUAUAGCUUAGUUUGAAUAAUGUAUCUUAGUUAAUUUCGUAUAAAUAAAUGUAAAAACGUGUAUAAAUCAGUCUUUGAUUGCAAAACGUUUUAUUAAAAAUCAAUCAAAUACCCUUGGCUAUGGCUACUUGUACGGGUCGUAACGACUCGUCAAAUUGGCCCAUUCGUACGACUUGGCGAAUAGAGACCAUCUACUUCUUAAUACCCUUACUAUGGCCACUUGUACGGGUCGUAACGGCUCGUCAAAUUGGCCAAAUCGUACGACUCAGCGAAUAGAGACCAUCUACCUCUUAAUACUCUUGGCUAUGGCCACUUGUACGGGUCGUAACGACUCGUAAAAUUGGCCAAAUCGAACGACUUGCAAUUAGGCGAAUUUUACAACAUGUAUGACCCGAAUCGAUGCGACAGUAUUGGACAACACUCGGAUAGCUGCCGUGUAUCGGAUCUAUAUUUAGUGCAUGUGCAGUCACUGUCUUUUGUGGGAAUAGUUCAAAAAGAUACAAAACGUUGGUGUUUACACUAUAUUGUACAGGCAUAUGAAACGACCUGACUAUUCCAUAAAGUGUAAACGAAGUCUCCAUCAUGAUCUGUAUGAACGGUAUUUCAUUUUAAUUUGUUUUUCAAAGGUUGUAUUCAGUGGAGUAAGAGGAAGUAGUUACCAAGGUGACAUUGCAUUGGAUGAGAUAUCAAUCGCAUCUGGUCAAUGUUCAGGAUCUCCUGGCACACCAAAACCUACAGAAACACCAAGGCAUCUAUCAGGAUCAUGUGGCCAGAAAGGAUAUGGUCUUAGUGACUUCCCCAAAAUUGUCGGUGGUCAAGAAGCCACACCAGGUGAAUGGCCAUGGCAAGUAGUACUUUUGCACAAUGUGGGGGACGGAACUUUCCCAUUCUGUGGUGGUUCACUUGUUUCAAAUCAACACGUUAUUACUGCUGCUCACUGCGUCGAAUCAAUGCACUGGGAUCGCGUGAAGGUAAUUAAAGCUCAUGUAACCAUGCCUGGCCGAGCCCACUGGAACCCUGUUUGAAUGUUCAAUGAUGGUAUCCUAACUGUUUGUGCUCCUUUCCACCUUCACCUUUAUUAACAAACCACCUACAAACGUCAAAUUCAUUUAGCUGCCCUCUUUGCUUUUCCUUACACACCAUGAAUUUCCUCCUGGAUGACUUUUGUUAUCCCCAAAUAAUUUUUCUCAAUUUCCCCAUUGUUACCAAAUAAUGGGUGUAUUAUACUCCAAGAGUUAUUACCACUACAACAGUUAUUACCACUUUCGGCUAUAAUUCCAGUUCAAUGAUAAUACUGACUAACCAUGGCCUAUCGAAGGGAAGAUGGCUGUGAAACUCAUUAGAAUAACAAUAUAGUUUAUUAUCUAUGUUAGUCAACGUUUGUUCCUAAAUCUGGUCCUUCUUCGUCACGUGUGCAUUGUAUGUUUGCCCAUAACUAACCAAUAACAAUGUUUUAGGAAAGUUACCUAUCCGUAACUCGAACAAUAGUAAAUUGGAAAUUGCAUGAUAUUGGUGGAUUUGGCAAAAAUACAAUGCGCACAUGACCGUGAAGGACCAGAUUUAUGAAUAAACGUUGAGUAACAUAUAGAUAAUGAGUUCUGUUGUUAUUCUAAUGGGUUUCACAGCCAUCUUCACUGCGAUAGCCUAUGAACUAGUUGGGCCUUCGUAUCUUUCCAAUUUGAAUAAAACUACUGAAAAAAGAAACCUUUGUUUAUAUUAGUCUUCUAUGGUUUAUAUACAUUCUUCUUUUUCCAUUUUCAGUCACACUUUGUUCUAACUAAUUUUCCAUUUUCAGAUCAAAUUAGGUAAACAUGACCUGAGCGUGGAGAAAGAAUAUGAAAAUUUCUAUAUUGCAACAAAUGGCAUUACAAUUCAUCCGCAGUACCAGUAUACGGAUUAUGAUAUUGCAGUCAUCAGACUUUCUACAAGUGUUGAGUUUACACACGCGAUAAAGCCCGUCUGUAUAAACAGCGGCAUAGAUUUCGCUGGUAAAGUAACGUUAUUUUUAGUGCAAUAGAAACUUAAGCCGAAAAGGCGAGGUAUAUAUUGAAUGCUAUCAUCAUUAUCAAUAUUACGUUUAUCAUUAUUAACAGUCCAAGUAUAAAGGAACAUGGAAACGUCGCGCUUUUCAUGUGCCCCUCCUAUGCAUACGGUUUGGCACAUGAAAAGUUCGAGAGCUGGUUGUACAAAGGUCGGCCAUGCAGCGCUAUAUCCACCGAUAUUUUUCAUGCUUUCUAACAAUGUCCGUUGAUCGUGGUAUAACCCUAAUUAAACUUCAGUAUAUAUAAAUUAAAGGUUAUUUAUAUUGGUUAUGUUAAUCUUUUCCAUAAUUUUUCCAACAAUAAAAAAUCACUAUCCAGGCCCGAAGACCAGAUUGCAAGUGCUUUUUGUUUUUCUACUGGUAAUGCGCCUAUUAACGAAAUAGCAAUAUAAAAUUAACCAAUGAGAUACAUUAUCACAUCACAAGUGCCCAUUUAAUUAUGAUACGUAAUGCACUUGAUCAUGGUAACCUCCCUAAGCAUUGAGCUCGUAAGGUCCUGAACGCUACCUCCAAAACAACAUUCGUGUACAUAUAGAUCAUGCAUGCAAAUACCGAAAUUAUGGUAUUUCUAUAUAGGUCAACUUUGUUACAUCACUGGAUGGGGCACACUGCAUAAUGGGGGAUCAAUGCCAAAUAUCUUACAGGAAGCUCAAGUUCCCGUGGCAACUCCACAACAAUGCGAAGAAUCAUAUAGCAGCACGAUAAUUACUGAUAGAAUGCUGUGCGCUGGAUUUUCUCAAGGUGGUACCGACACUUGCCUAGGUGACAGCGGAGGUAAGACUUAAGAAUACAUAUGAUUUGUUCGUCACAGUCAAAACGACAUGAUAGCAACCACUACGCUAACCUUUAUACCACUUAGUUCAGCAAAAAGCAGACCGCGACUAAAACGACAGGAAAGAAUUACUUCGGAAUAAAGAAUAAACGCAUUUUACCCAUAUGGCACCUAAUGGUUUUACUUAAAACUUAUUAAAAAAAACUACUUUAAAAUGUGUAACGGACUUCAACGAAACUUUCCCAGAUCUACAAUCCAGGCCAAAACUCAUGUGGACCCUUGAUCCACUUUUCAAAAAAUCAUAACAAACAGCUAAAACUUGAAUUUACAGGCAUAUCCCCCCUCUUCAAUGUUGAUAUCCGAAUUAUGUACACUUCUUAUUUGAUUAAAAAUCCCCAUUCAACAUUGGCUUGUAGUGGGGGGAUAAUUAUUCAGAAAAAAACACCACUAGAGUCCAAUGUCUGUGGGUUGUCCACAACAUUUUGGCCAUGAUUGUAGUUGCACCAUAUAAUUGCCACCGGUAUAAGAGUUUAAACCUGCAAAGGUACAGUGUGCCAUGUACUAAUCAUUUAAGAAAUCGUUUAAACAGAUCUAAUUCAAAUAAAUGUUGUUUCCUUUCUCAGGUCCACUUGUUUGUCAACAUAGUGAUGGUUCAUGGUAUCUUACUGGUGUGACGAGCUGGGGUUUUGGGUGUGCAGCUGCCGGAUACUAUGGAGUUUAUGCCAAUGUUGCCAACCUUUACCCCUGGGUAAAGCAAGUUACAGGACUUUAAUUUUAAUAUACGACCAGCAGUUUGAUAGAAAUACUUAAUAACCCCUGAAAAUGCAAAUAUGAUUUUAAAAAUGCAAAUGCCGUAGUGUAUGUGUAACCUAAACCAUAUAUUUUGUAAGUAUUCGUCAUAGUCUAGUCGGUAUUGUCUUAGCGGCCAUGUGUGCUGUAUUAUUUACAUGAACUCACACUGCAACGUUAACCAUGUAAAUCCAUUGAAAAAAUUUAUAAUAAGUACUUCUAUGCCUUUUUUAACUCUAAA